AUGGGAAGCUUCAUCCUUUCCUGUCUCAUUUAGCUUAUAUUUGGCACUCUUUACCCUGCAUAUUAUUCUUAUAAAGCCGUGAAAUCAAAGGACAUCAAAGAAUAUGUCAAAUGGAUGAUGUACUGGAUCAUAUUUGCGCUCUUCACGACAGCAGAGACAUUCACGGAUAUCUUUCUUUGCUGGUUUCCGUUCUACUAUGAACUCAAAAUAGCUUUUGUAGCUUGGUUGCUGUCUCCAUACACAAAAGGCUCCAGCCUCCUGUACAGGAAAUUUGUUCAUCCAACGCUGUCUUCAAAAGAAAAGGAGAUUGAUGACUGCCUCGUCCAGGCAAAAGACCGGAGCUACGAUGCCCUCGUGCACUUUGGGAAGCGGGGGCUGAACGUCGCAGCCACGGCAGCCGUCAUGGCAGCUUCAAAGGUUUCUCAGCUACUUCAUUUACACUUGUAUUUGGACCAGAAAAAAGGGCAGGGACAGGGGGCCCUGUCUGAGAGACUGAGGAGCUUUAGCAUGCAGGAUCUCUCGACGAUUCGUGGAGACAGCAGCAGCACUGUUCCUUCUUCGGUCACUGUACGAACAAGUAGCAAACAGAGCCAGCCAAAAACAUCCAGAAGUGCAUCAGAAGGCACUGGCAGCUCAGGCACCGCCUAGGACCCUUAGACCUCGCUUCAGGAAGAAAAGUACCUCGUCCUCUGCCACUGAAACAAUGUGAGUGCAAUGAGCCAAUAGCACCAAGAUCCACAGAAUGUCUCUCUUCUGCCUUAAAGAGCUACUUGUUAAUCGUGUCGGAAACAGCAGUGGGAUGGAUGUGCUUUGAUGUACAGCCUUGUAGACAUGGCCUUUCUCUCUCCUCUCUCUGUAUCCUUCUGUUACACGCUUCUCGCCUUUGUCCGUGACGUGGGUAGGACAGUCUGGCAGACACCUGCGGGUGAAGAGUCCUCCUUUCGUUUGCAGAGUGUGCACCCGCUCACGCCAGUCCCGUCAGGCUGUACAUUUACAGCUCUCAUUUGUGUCUGCAUAGCUCUCGCUCUGUGAAUGCACAGCGGAAACAACAAUAAUCAGUUACUCAUGAUGAUACAUUAACAGUGUAUUUAUUUAUGGCUUUAUCAUUAAUGAGGUGGAUUUGCAGAAGCCAUGGAUUUCUCUUCCCUCCCUUCCUCCUCAAGACUGUAAAUGAUGUAACAAAUGUCAGAGUACUGCGUGCAAAGUGUCCGAGAUUCAUUAGCGAAAGCUGAGCUGCCAUUCUGUUUCUCUUUCUGCAAGUACAUCAUGUGCUCCGAGAAAACCAUUGUGCUAAACCCCAUAGAGACAGAACCACUUGCCGAGGACGAGAUGUGCAAGAGAAAAUAAAUGGUUUCAACAAUAUAACGAAGGGGGGAGUCUUAAUUUUGAUCAGCCUGAGCCAGGAGAGUAU